AUGUCGUCCGGACGCCAGAGUAUCCCGUCCUCUCCCACGGCUUCGCGGUUCGCUGCCGCUCUCUCCAACAGCGUCACUAGCAACGCUGCCACGUCCGCGGCGGAAAGCCCGGCCAAGAACCAGCACAUCUGGCUCGUGACGGGCCCAGCCGGUUGUGGGAAGAGCACAGUAGCAAAGCACAUUGCCGAUUCGCUUCACCUUCCUUUUAUCGAAGGCGACGAGUACCAUCCAAAGGCCAACAUCGACAAGAUGAGCGCCGGCAUCCCGCUGACGGACGCGGACCGGUGGGACUGGCUGACGGCCCUCCGGGAGGCGUCUAUCCAGGAGCUGGACAAGGGCAGCGACGGCGUGGUGCUGACCUGCUCCGCGCUCAAGCGCAAAUACCGCGACGUCAUCCGCGUAGCCCCCUACUUCACCCCGAACGUGCACCUCCACUUCAUCUAUCUCGACGCCCCCGAGGAAGUCCUCCUGGAGAGGGUUGCCGCUCGCAAGAACCACUACAUGGGCGCCAACAUGGUGCACAGCCAAUUCGAGGCCCUCGAGCGCCCCAGAGCGGAUGAAGUUGACGUCAUCACGAUCGACGUGACGCGGCCCGUCGAAGCGGUCAUGGUGGAUGCUGUGGAUAAGGUGAUCAAGACGAUGGACAGCACCCGACAAUGA